GACUUUCGGUUUGGCGUCGUUUGCUGUGUUUGAUCUUCUGAAAUAACCAUGCCGCGAAAAGCUUUUAGYUGUACCAUCGAUUUAGAUAUUUACAGGGUAACCUGCCCAGGAACUUUGCAUCUUCAUGAUAGAAAUAUGGUUUUCAUCAAUGCCUUUCUAUUGGGGCAAACAGGAAGGACAAAAUCAGUGUUUGCCACGUUCCCUUUGAACUUCAACGAGCGAUUUGUAUUUGAGAAAACCUUCACAACRGUGUCAGARCCAUCUCAAGUUGUAGAAAUUCUAGAAGAUGAAUUUAUUGUUUUGGAGCUGAGACAGUACUCUGAGUAUCAUAAAGGAGGUAAACUACUUGGACGCUAUAAACAAACCGCAAAGGAGUUUCUUUACCCAACACCCACUCUAACAGGAAAAACUGGUAUGGACAGAGAACUUCUYCUGAGCAGAACAGUCCAUUUCAAUGGUAUUGAUCCAAAAUUAGACUUUGCUUCAAGAACCACUAUACAAGAGGUUACAAUACCAGGAGUUCAAGGCUUUCCUGAGGCUAAUGGAUAUUCAUCUGAUGUUUCUGAGGAAUCAAUUUCUGAUGAAAGAUCAGGAACAGAAGAAGAAGUUGUCAUCCAUCCUACCAGUUAUACUUCAGAUUAUUCAGAUGUCCACUGUGUCUGUGAAUGUCCAAGAAGACCUGAAAACAAGGGAGURGUAGUCAGUCGAUCAAGAUCAUUGUCCCCAACUAGAAGACCAAGAUCUGCUUCUCCCGUGAGACAACCACCAUUUCGAGCAGGAACUGCUGACAGAGGAAUCAUAUCUAGAAGAGAUUUCUCCCACAGUAAGAAGUCAAGGAAUAGAACUCCACUACCAGCAGAGGGGGACCCUUUGCCAUGCUACAACUGUAAAACCCCACAUAAAGAUUGCAUCGUUUGUCAAGCAUAUUACAAAGUGUUUGGUCGAGACUUUCUAAAACAUCGCUUCACAACAAACACACAUUUACCAACCAGGGCUUCUGAGCCACCACCUAGAAGAACACGCAGAUACUUUGAACAAGAUACUGGUCCGUCAUAUCAUGARAGAGCUUACAGUGCUCCAAUACCAAGAUUAAAAACCAGACUUUUUUCAACUCCUAAUGUAAGAAGCAGCUCUCCAAAAAGAGAAAAUAGAACAACAUAUUUAUCUGAUUCAGAUGACGACAGCUUGCUUUCUUUGCAAGAGCUAAGGUCAGAAAUAAACUCAGCUAGACUYGAGUCWCUUGAUCGAUCAUUUGAGGAUCCAAGCCAUCCAGCUCUUGGGACAAGAUUAGACAGAAGCCUGCGUCGAUACUGAAUGUUACUGUCUUUAUUGCAAGCUGAACUAUGAAAAAGGUGAAAAAACUUGCAACAGUGUCAGAUUAGACAGGCUUUUAAAUCUUUAGUUUAUAAUUUAUGAACAUUUAUUUAGUUGAAAUAUAAUCUGACAAAAAUGGAUGAGUUUGGAAAUAAUGUCUUCACUAUUUCCGCUCACAGUUUGGCAAUGCAUUUUCAAUGUUCAAAAUUUUGUUUCCUUCCAGGAAAACUAAAAGAUUUUAAUAACAAAUAUCAAAAAUAUAAUCAGCGCGAGUUAGCAAUUGAUCUAGGCAAUGUAGACAGUGUUGAUGGUGUACAAUAUGUGUGCACUGCGUAAUAGUGUGUGUUGUAUCACAUUCAGUCAGGCUGGGUUAACCUAAUCAAUGUACCCAG